AUGGUUAAAAUAAAUUACACUGCUGCCAUUCUUGGGGCAUUGAAGAAGGAGGAAAUACUUAAGAUUGGCUUAAAAGAAGCUGAUCAAGACAUCUUCGAGCGUAUUAUUGAGAAUAUAAAUACUCAAUUAUCAGGUAAUUCGUUUAAUGAUAACGAAACAAAUGACGAAUCAAGCACAUUAGUGCCGAUAAGUAUCGAGGCGCAAUUCGCAGUAGCUGCCAUUACGAGUGAUAUCACACAGUUCAACACGGUAGUAGCAGCGAUUGAGUCAAGUGUUAUCGCCGAUGUAAGUGAUGCAGUGCUUCAUCCUCCUGAAACUGGAAGAUACGCUAAUUUAAAGGCUUGCAUCAUAGAGCGGUACAGUGAGAGCGAGCAGCGGAAGAUUCAACGGUUGUUGUCAGAAGUUGAACUUGGUGAUAGACGCCCAACACAGUUGCUAACGGAGUUGACAGCAUUAGCUAAAGACAAGGUGAGCGAUGAGUUCCUUAAGUCUCUUUGGCUGAAGCGUUUGCCACCACAAGUGCGCGCUAUUCUGCAGGCAUCGAACGUGGCACUAGCAGAACUGGCGAAAUUAGCAGAUCGUAUUUGCGAGGCGGGUGAUUUUCAACAGAUAGCUGUAGCGUCAGCCUCUGAUUGUCCAGCCUAUUCUGAGAAUGCUGUGAUUUUACGAAGGCUUGAGCAAAUCGAACAGCGUCUGAGUCGUUUGGAUUUACGUCGUAGUGAGUCGGUGCAAAGUCGAUCGUCAUCGAGGAGACGUAGGCGAACUCGUUUCCGACCAGGAAGUCAUCCAGAUUGGUGCUGGUAUCACGAAAG